GCCGCGCCUCGCUGCUGCUCCUCAGUGUGAGGGGGGUGCGGCGCGGUGCGAGCUUGUUCGCGGCAUUCUUGCUUCGCAGCGAAGGGACUGAGCCGAAGAGGGAAGCCUCCGUCGCUGCAGGGCAGUAGCGACUUGAGUUGGGCUGUUUUAGAGUUAUAAGUUACGUUUAGCAUCCUCUAGGCUCGGAGGCUGCGGGUCAGCAGGCAGUGUGCUGGGUUAGAAGCCUCCGGCCUUCAUUGCGCUGCCCUCAGAGCCUUGCGUUCUUCUGAACACCCUUGUGUUCUGCUUCCCAGAGCCGUGGCCUUGUCUGUGAAGGGAAUGUUCUGGGGACCUGGCUUUGCGGCCUGCUGCUGGGGUUGGGGAGGACGGGGCCCUCUGAGCCAUGUGGCUCUCUGGGGUUUGCUGUUUGAAAAUGGGAAUCAGGAGACCACGGUGGGAUGUAUUCAACUGGAAGUGUGUGUAAAUCAGAGGGAAUGCCUCUCUGGUGUUAUGUGAUACACAGGAGGAGGUUUUCAUGUGUAAGUUGAGACUGUUUUAGGGUUUGUAGAACAUAAAGAUUGUGGAGACUGUCAGUUCCACAAUGCACCCAGGUAUGGGAAUUCCUGAUUUAAGUGUGUUUUCUCACCCAACUACUGCCAAGUGUAAGAUACUGCCCUGGCACACUGCAUUCCCCACACACUCAGCUGGAAUCUGUUACCGGGUCAUGGCCUGCUUCAGCUGGGCUGACCCAAGGAAAUGUUCUCUGAGAAUAAUCCUGGCUAUUAGGUGCACAGGGACUUCUAAUUCCUUCCUCCUACUCCAGUGCUGCCAAGCGGAAGAGCUGCUGUGGUGCUAACUUGCUGCUCUUGCUUCUGAGCACAACCUCGGGCCUGGCUGUGGGAUGCUACCAAUGUUGUGAAAUUGCUGAGUUUUUACAGGUUUAAAGGCCAGAUGACCACGGGGCUUUUAUGUUACCAGCUUGCUCAGCAUAACUGGUAAGGAGGUAUUUUUAUCUGCUCUGACAUCUCUGUUGUCACAGUAAUCUGUUCUUCUUUGUUCUUCUGCAGCAUUACUAUGUAUAUCAGUGCUUCAUGUGUGACUGGAGUAAGCUGGAUAGAUGCUUGAAGGACACAGCUUCACCUAGUGACAAGAUGCUGGGCAGUCCUCCUGGAGUGAGUAAAGAAAUGACCGAGGCAGCUGAGACACUGAAUGCAGGGAUCCGUUUUUCAGCGGCGCCAUCGAGCAUCUGCUGAGCUCAGUGGGUGGCAGACAGGGGAGCACAGCCCGGCUGCGGAACUCAGGGAAGAGGUGAUCUGAGGCCAAGUUUUGCCUUCUGAAUUAGCAAAAGCAAGGAAAUGGGGCCAGCUGUGAAUGAAGUUUCUCUCGUGCAACUGCCCCGUGCUGAACUGACAUACCUAGAGAGUCAGGAAGGAGGCCAGACCCUUCCAGAGAAGAUGGGCAGCAGAUCUCAAUGUUCUUAUCAAUGAGAUGCAAGUUCUUAAACUACGAAGGAGAUACCCUGUUCUACAAUUUGUAAGUGAAGAGAGAAGACAGGGAAAACAAAUGUGCCUGCAUGGUGAGAUGAUCCCAGAGGAAGACAAUGAUAAAUAGCUAGGCAGCUCUGCCCCUGGAUGGUCACCCUGGGAGCAAUAAUUCCUUCACUCUGUUUAAAACCUCUUCGGAGUAGACACGCUUACUGGGUAAGAAGAGAUUGCUAAUGUCUGUGACCAGGAGACCUCUUGAACUGCUACGAAAAGCUCUCUGAUCUGAGGCAGCAGGCAAACAGCUGUGGUCCUGGGAGGUGCAGUACUGACUUAAAGCAGGAGCAGCUCAGAAGCUCAACCUCUAAGGAGCACCUGAAGUCUAUUUAUACUGACCACAAGCACCCAAGCAAAGCAUCAUGACAACGCGCCCAGCAGUGAAAUAUGUCCAGAAAUCUUCCAUCCGAGGAGUUCACAUUACCCAGUUUGUGGAUAAGAUUCCAAAAGGAUGCAGCACUCCUGACUUUGAGCGAAAACCCGUCAGCCUAACAUUGCAGGAAGGUAAAAAUGCCAUAUUCAGAGCUGUGAUCAAGGGUGUCCCCGCCCCUGAGGUGAAAUGGAAACGUGCAAAAGGAGAAAUGAACGAUCCUGCCAAAUAUGUGAUGUUCUACAAUGCAGCUACAAGUGAACACAUCCUGCAGAUAAAUAAAAUCACUGCAGGUGACUCCGAUUUGUACCGUUGCUGUGCUGUAAAUGAAUAUGGGGAAGCUGCAUGCUCUGCUGGCCUCAGGAUCAUACAAGUUGGCUUUAAGAGGAAAGCAAACUAUGUUACUGGCCAUCCUGCUGAAGAAUUGAAAAAGAAUCUUCAGGACCUCAAGAAGACGCUGAAGAAGCGGGCUCCACUACCAAAGGAAAAAGUGAUAGACAGAGAAGCAAUCUUCCAACUGUUACUGCAUGCAGAUAGGAAAGAUUAUGAGAAAAUCUGUAUUAAAUAUGGAAUUUCUGACUUCCGUGGCAUGCUGAGAAAGCUUCAGGAGAUGAAGAGGGACGCAGAGAAUGAACAAGCAAAGUUAGUUCACAGUGUCAAAAACAUGGAACACAUUAAGGUCAACAAGGAUGGAAGUGCUUCGUUUAGCCUGGAGAUGGAACUGAAAAACACUAACAGCAAUGUUUAUCUGCUUAAGGAUGGUGAGAGGGUCCGUUAUGGAACAGGGGAUGAAUACAGAAAGUAUUACCUUAGACGAAUUGGAAAAAGGUAUCAUUUCAUUGUCAACGAUGUGCAUCCAGAAGAUGCAGGCUUGUAUCAAGUCAGAGUGGAGGAUGUGCCUGUUUUCUCAACCGAACUGGACGCUGAAGCCAUCCCUGUGAGAUUUCAGAAGCCGCUCAGAGAUCUGCGUUGUCAUGAGGAGGAAGAUGUUGUCUUUGAGUGUAUCCUGCGCACUCCCUGCUACGAUGCUGUGUGGCUACAUAAAACCCACCCCCUCAAAGCAAGUGAGAAGCACCAGAUCUCUAUAAGCCCCGAUGGUCUGACCCACCAGCUUAUUAUCAAAAAUGCUGUGACCUCUGACAAUGGCUUGUAUACACUCGACACUGGACUCUGCUCCUCAAGGGCUUGGCUUCUUGUAGAGCAUGCCAAAAGGACAAAGAUACAGGAUGAGGAAGGUGAAAAAGAAAAAUCUGACUGGCAGAAGGAAACGUUACCAGAUAAAGACAGGGCUAAGAAGCUUGAACGUGGAGAAUAUCUUGGUGAUGAAGACCAUCCUAUGGAUGCUGGCAUGAAAAGAGAUGGCUGGUACAGAAGUGACCGAGAAGGCAAUCAAGGCUACUCCACUGAUGCUGAUGGAGAAUUUAAAUUUUUGGGAAAAGAAGGGCUGCGCAAAACCGACAGAGAUGGAAAGAUGGGACCCGGGCAGUUUUCUAGAGAAGAGGGAGAUGCAGACUCAAUGAUGGAUGAUGCUAGUAACACUGGAUUAAAAAUGUUAGAAGGCAGAAGUGGAUUGAGGCCUGUACACAGCCUGGAUUCUAUGGCAGGCAGAGCAGAUACUGAUGGUGGAUUAGGAGGAGGAACUAAAUCUUAUUCUGUGGAUGGCAGACAUGAUAGCAUGUUAGAGGCAGUUGAUGUUGACAUGGGUGAUGCAGAAGGUGUGAACUCUUGGCAUGACAAGAAUGCUAAAUUAAGUGAUACUAGUUCUAGAGCUGGCUUUGGUGGUAUCAAGAGUUUAGAUGCUACUGAUGGAAGUUCUGUGUCAGAUGGAAUCAGUCUUGAUUCAGCCAGAGUGGGAGAUGCACGUUCUGUCUAUGGCAAGGAUGGUCUGCCUACUGUAGUUGAUAUAAGUGGAGUCAGUAAAAACAGAGAAGGAGAAAUAGGGUCUCCCUACAGCAAAGACAGUCUGACAGUUGAUGCUGGUGGUCGUGUAGGUCAUGCAGGAAUAUCUGGCUUGCUGUAUGGUCCAGGUGGUCUUCCAGCUGGAGAUGGGGCUAGGACUGGUGCAGAUCAUCUGCCAACUGGGUCAAUUGUUGAUGCUACUGCAGUUAAAGGGGGGGAUCUGUAUGGUAAGCAUGGGCAGGCAAGUGGACCUGGAAAUUGGAUUGGAACUGAUGGAGCAGGAAGAGAAAUGGCACCACCUUAUGGAAAGGAUGGUUUACCAGCAGGAAUGGAAGCUGGCAUUGGUGGUGCUGGUUUGGAAGUUGCUGGGUCUGUAUAUGGAAAGGCUGGCAUUGGUGGUGCUGGUGUAGCUGGUGUAGGGGAAUUUGGCCCAUUAUAUGGAAAAGAUGGUCUCCCAACUGGGGCUGGUAUUGGUGGUGCUGGUGUAGGAGGUCUGGGAGGUGCUGGGUCUCCCUAUGGAAAGGAUGGUCUCCCAGCUGGGGCUGGCAUCGGUGGUGCUGGUGAAGGUGGAUUUGGAGGUGUUGGGUCCCUUUAUGGCAAAGAUGGUCUUCCGGUGGGAAUGGGACCUGGUGCUGCAGGUGUAGCAGGUCUAGGGGGUGUUGGAUCUCCAUAUGGAAAGGAUGGUCUCCCAGCUGGGGCUACCCUUGGUGGUGCUGGUGCAGGGGGUGUUGGGUCUCCACAUGGGAAGGAUGGUCUCCCAGCUGGGGCUGGUGCUGGUCUUGGUGGUGCAGGAGGAGUUGGGUCUCCAUAUGGGAAGGAUGGUCUCCCAGCUGGUGUUGGUGGUGCAGGAGGAGUUGGGUCUCUGUAUGGAAAAGAUGGUCUCCCAGUUGUGGCUGGCCUUGGUGGUGCAGGUUUAGCUGGUGCAGGGGUAGUUGGUUCUCCAUAUGGGAAGGAUGGUCUCCCGGCUGGGGCUGGUGUUGGUGGUGCAGGGUUAGCUGGUGCAGGAGGUGUUGGGUCUCUGUAUGGAAAAGAUGGUCUCCCAAUUGGGGCUGGGGCAGUUGUUGGUGGUGCAGGGUUAGCUGGUGCAGGAGGAGUUGGGUCUCCAUAUGGGAAGGAUGGUCUCCCAGCUGGUGUUGGUGGUGCAGGGUUAGCUGGUGCAGGAGGAGUUGGGUCUCCAUAUGGAAAAGAUGGUCUCUCAGCUGGGGCUGCGUCAGGAGCAGCUCAUUUUCCUUCAGGAGGUGAAGAAGUGACGGGUUCUCACCAUGGUCGGGAUGCUAUGGUGGGCAGAGCUCAAGGAUAUGUAGGUGGAGUAGGAGGAGCUGGCUUAUCCUCAGAAGGUGGGGGUCUUAGUGGCUCUGGCUUACAAGGUGCUGGUUCUGCAUAUGGGUCAGCUGGAUCCAGGACUGGUGAAAUUGGUGCUGGCAGGCUGGGAGGUGAUGGGAGGGAGUUGCACUCAUUCCAUGGUAAAGAAGGUGUGGUAGGUGCUGCUGGAAUGGGUGGUGAAUAUGGGCUGGAUUCACGUGCUGGCAAAUCUGCAUAUGGUGAAGCUGGGAAGGGGACUGCCAGUGAUUCCAGAGGAUCGGAACACAAAGGUUCAUCCCAUGACAAAGAUUCGCUUUCAGGUCGAGGUGAUGCCAGGGCUGAAGACAGAGAUUUAGAACAGUUAGGCUCCCUUUAUGGCAAGGAUUCUGCCUUUGGAGACGCAGGAGGCAAACUCCAUGAUAGAUUGUUUGGUGGGUGGAAGCCAGGUCUUCUCGGUCGAAGUUCACAGGGUUCUGUUCAGAUGUCAGCCCUUUAUGGUGGUCCUUCAAUAAACCAGAGAAAACAGGUACCUAGCCUUGAUAUUACAGCAAGUGAUUUCUUGAAGAAUAGAGAAAGUACCGAAAAGAGAAGACAUUAUCGCCUGGAUGAUCCGAAAGCACCACGCUCUCGUGUCAACAAACAGUUAAUUGAUGUCAGAGUCCUGAAAGGGGAACCAACUGAGCUGUCUUGUGCUGUCAAUAGACAUGACUUAACAGGAACCUGGUUUAAGGAUGGGUUAAAGUUAACAAGCAUGGAUGGAGUCUCUUUGGAAAAGGAAGGUCUAGUCCACAAACUCAUUAUUAGCAAAGUGGAUGAUAUUCAUGCUGGGAAGUACAGGUUUGAAGCUGGAGAUAUAAAAACUGAAGCUUCAAUUUUUGUUGAAGAUCCUCCACAGGUUGACGGGGUUCUCCUAAAAAACUUAAUGAGUGUUCCUACUGUGGCCAAGGCUGGGGAAAAAGUCACGAUCAAGAUCCCUUUUGAGGGCCGGCCUCCAGUCAGAGCAACAUGGCUGAAGGACAAAAUAGAACUGGGAGAUGACUCAAGGAUUCGUGUUGAUAAAACAGACACCUUUACCAUGCUGUCCAUCCCUAAUGCUGAGAGAAAGGACUGUGGGGAUUACAAAGUCAGGCUGAAGAAUGACAGUGGACUCCUGGAUAUUGACCUCAAGGUUGAGGUAGUAGACAAGCCACAGCCACCUGCAGGACCCUUGAAAAUUGUAGGAAGCUCUGCAGAUGAUGUCACCAUUCAGUGGAAUCCUCCAAAGGAUGAUGGGGGCAAACCAGUACAAAACUAUAUUAUUGAGAAACAGCAGGUAGGCAAGAGCGACUGGGUGGCUCUGGGAGAAACCCCCAGGAGCUGUACUACUUUCACUACCAGCAAAGUGGAAGAAGACAUGAGCUACUACUUCAGAGUGAGAGCUGUGAACGCAGAGGGAGCCAGCGAUGCACUGGAAUCAAAUGAGGUGGUGACUAUCAGUAAAGCUUCACCUGGCGCCCCAGAUCCUCCCGAGAUCAUCGGGGUCAGCAAAGACGCCAUCACAAUAUCCUGGAAAACACCUCGGAAAUCUGGCAGCUCCCGAAUUAUGGGAUACAUCGUUCAAAAACGCAAGAAGGGUACCAUGACCUGGCUGCCAGUCAACAGUGCGCCCAUAGCAGACAAGAAGCUGAAAGUAACCAAUCUCAAGAAAGGUCUCCAGUAUGAAUUCCGUGUGGCAGCUGUCAAUGCUUCUGGCAUGGGAGAUGUCAGUGCUCCGUCACAAGCUGUCUUUGCUCGGGAUUCCACAAAACCUCCAGGUCAAGUGAGGGACCUGAAAGUGACCGUCAGUGACAGCACUAGUGUCAUCUUGACGUGGAAUAGACCUGAAGUAAAAGAGGGAAGUGAUGUGAAAGGCUACGAUGUGGAGAUGCGGUCUUCUAACAACCUCAGCUGGACCAAAUGCAACAUUUUUCCUAUAGAGGCAACCACUUACAAAGUUAAAGGCCUGCAAACCAAGGAGACGUACUUCCUACGUGUGAGAGCACUCAAUGACUGUGGCCCAGGAGAAGCCACAGAGCUUGAAGCUUGCAUUGAAGCUGUUCCCCCUGUUGUUUCUCCCAGGCUCAUAAUAGACAAGAGAGUGAAAAAUUUCCUGGUUAUAAAAGCAGGAAAUGCCAUUCGAGUGGAUAUUCCUUUCGAGGCACCUCCAGAUUCCGUGCUGACCUGGUUAAAGGAUGGGGUUCCUCUUCCAAGCCAUGCUAAAAUAAGGACCCAGGAUGGUACCUCCCAGCUGCUGAUUAAAGCAGCCGAGUUCACUGACAGUGGCAUCUAUACCAUUGAGCUCAUGAGUGAGACAGGGAAAAGAGAAGCAUUCAGCUUCCAAGUUCAAGUUACAGAUAUCCCUCAACCACCUGGACCUAUCGAACUGAAAGAGAACGUGCCAAAUAUAGUGACAGUCACCUGGGAGCCAUCAAGAUCUGAGAAAUGGGAAAGUGAUCUCUUCUACACAGUCCUGAAACGCGAAUCACGGAAAGGCUUGUGGCACGUGGUGGGUGACCUGAUCUACACCAACAAAUUCACGUACACCAAAGUGAUCCCGGGCCGGGACUACUACUUCAGGGUCGUGGCAAAAAAUCACUUGGGAUCCAGUCGUCCAUCUGACACCGUGCAGCCUUGGAGAAUUCGGAAACCAAAGGCUGACGUUCAGGUCAGGCCGCAGAGAUACAAGGGGGUCAAUCACAACCAGCCCCCGCGAUUCCUCGUCCCGUUGAAGCCCCACGUGGUGACCACUGGCAGCGAGUGCCGCAUGAGCUGUGCGGUUGGAGGCCAUCCACCUCCAAAAGUCACCUGGUAUAAAGAUGGGAGAGACCUCUCCAAUAACCCUGCCUAUUUUGGCACAAACGACUUCGGGGUCUGCUCCCUGGUGAUCCUUGGUGUUUCGAAGGCUGAUGAAGGAGACUAUACGGCUGAAGCCACCAAUGAAUUGGGCCGUGCUUUCAGCAGAGCCUCCCUCACUAUUAAGGACUCCUGCCUGUAACAGGACCUGCCUACACUCCUGUGUGAAUAAGGUUUUCUCUGGGAGCUGGCCCUGCACAAAGGCUACGUGUCUAUUUUCAGAUGUGCCGUAGAGUCUGAGUGCUUUAUUUUUCAGAUCCAGUAGUUGCAUUUUGAACAGGAUGCUGCAUUGUAGUCAAAACAGUGGGGGAAAAGCUUUAAGAGAAUUGUAUGAUCAUGACUUCCCUCUACGACCUUUAAAAUACAAAUGAGAAGCUUCUGAAACACAGAAGAUGAGAGGAGAAAUAAGUGGCCAAAAUGAGACUUUGCACGGAGAACACAGGUGUGAGACCGUCCUGCCACACCUCUCACUGCUCACGCUGCCACGAGGAUGUUUCUCAACACCAGAUCUCUUGAAGCUGGCCUGUUAUCCUGGGGGGUUUUCUAAUCUGCAGGACUCAUUUUGGAUUCCACCUGACUAUCAGCAGAUGUCCUCACUGCGGUAGAAGCAUCCAUUCCGCUACCAGUAGCAGCUCCAUCAUUUCCCUUUACUUCUAAGUUGAAAGCAGUGUGUCUGCUAGCUUUAUCUGUGUAAGGAGUUCUCAGACAAGGCUAACGUGGGGCAGUGCUGCUGUGAAAAGGGGGUGGAUGAGAACGAAUGGAAAUCUGGAACCAGCUGUGUUUGUGAUCAGUGUUGCUGUAGCAGUCCUAAACUGCCACGUUAGUAUCACCUUUGAAGCGUAGCUGUCCCUACCUCAUGGCAUCCCUAGAGUAUUAUUAUGGCUUAAUGCUAAAAGAGGUUAAAAAUCAUUCAUGUUUGAGCAGAAGUACAAAGGACAAGCAGAGAUCCUCUGCUGUGGCUGGAGGAUUCCAUCACUGAAUGGAGAAUGAGCCUGGAAAGCAAAAACAUCACGGUGAGUGCACCGUGCCUUGGAGCCUUGGCACCACGACAGUUUUCAUGACAGCAUCUCAGAGGACAGGGGAGUCAAGGACCUAAAGCUGCUGGACCCUCAGACAGCCAGUCAAACAUUUAUAUGGGGCUGAAAUGUUUGUUGGUUAUAUUGUGUACAAUACUGUACAGACAUAGGAGCAGCAGGUUAUUAAAUUAAACCAUUGUUCAGUACAGUUCAAA